GUCACGAUGAUUGGGAACGGAAGGCCACCCUUGUCGUUGUCUUAUUCCUCCGAGAGAUUGCCUUCUGAUCGAGUCGUCUCGCCAUCUUCUUCUCGAAACCCCAUAUCUCUAAGGCUCUACAAAGCGCUUUCCUCCACAUUUCAUGACUCUGUAUCGCGAGAAGCUCUGCAAACUCUUGAUGCGUACUAUGUGGACCCUUCCCAGCAAUCUACAUCUACCAAUGGAAUACUGAAGGACAUCAAGGGCGCGGACGUAGACGACUCCUCCAGCGAUGACGAAAACAUCUUUUCGUAUCCUUUCGCCCACUCACGCAGUGCAGACCCAGCGUUAGCCGAACAUGCGCGCAAAAAUCUCAGGAGGGAUGUUGAGAAACAACUUACAAGCAGCAGCCGGAGGUUCCUUGAGGCUUUUGGAGAGGUCGAUAAAGUUUCGCAUCUCACUUCAAGGAAUAAUAACAGUCAGCUUACCGCCGCUCGCCAAUCAAUAAUUACUGCGUUUCUCUCUCGAUUUACCCUUUCAGACGCCGAGGUCGAAGCCAUCACAUCGCAUGAUGUUCCAGUGGGGAAACAACUGUUUGCGGCCAUGGACAGGGCUGAGACUAUUCGAGGAGACUGUAGGAUUCUCUUGAGUGGAGAUGCAGGGGUAGGGGAAAGUGCAGCCAGCACCGCUGCAGGAGUCGAUAUCAUGGCACAGACAGCGGCCCAGCUUGAUGUUGCAUAUGCCAAAAUCCAACGGUGGUGCUCAUUUGAGUUCCACAAACUUGGAAAGGACGUGCAUUUGGAGGUUCAACCAGUUCUGUGCGAAUCAGUGAAGCGUCUUCGCGUCAACCGGCCAGAAGCUCUCAUCGAAGCGCUUUCAGAGUUAACAGCGGCUCGUCAAACCAGCAUCCUAAAUUUGUUUAUGAUAGCUCUUACCCGAGGAGGUCCAUCAGGGCACCCACGUCCCAUUGAAUUGCACGCCCACGACCCAUACGCUACAGCUCUUUUUUUCGGAGUCGGCAUCCGGGAAGAAAGUAGCGAGGAACCGAAGCGGCGCAUGGUUGGGAGCGUUUGGGUCCGGGAUGGAGAGGAGAAGAAAGAUGCAGCAGGCACUCCUAUCGAUGCUACAACAUGGGUAACGGAGCUCAUGAACAGUAACUUAGAUAAGCUAUCCGCUCCUCUAAAGCAUCGUGUCCAACAAACCAUUAGAUCCCAAGAAGGCAGCAUAACAGCGUACAAGAUCACGAAUCUGCUUCAAUUUUAUUACCUGACCAUGCAACGUACGUUGGGCCAAGCGUCACGUCUAACACGCACAUUGAAAGAAGUGACAGAGGUAUCUCAUAAAGUGUUCUUAGACACCAUCGAGGCUCAGGGCCGGAGCAUGCUUCGCUAUCUACAGCCACCCAACUCAGACCUCCUUCCUCCCCUGCCCCUCCGAGAUUUUGCUCAGGUUCUUCGUGAGAUCAUGACCAUUUAUUCAUCUUCGCUGCUUGAAGAUGAUCUCCCCAACUCAAAGCGCGAACAGGAUAAACUCAGAGAAGGGUUUGAGCGCAUGCUUGACGCUGCCAUCGACCCUUGUCUUGAGAUGUGCAAACGGAUGUCUGAGUUGAAAAAAGGUGCUACUGUCUGGGAAAAAGAAACAUUCCUGAUUAAUUGCAGCACCUUCCUUGAGUCCUUGUUCCAGCCCUUCGACUUCGCCCGAGGUAGGGUGGCCAAGCUCGACGGGCUAAUCAACGGGCAUGUUGAGCACCUUGUUCAGGAACAUUUCACGACCCUCCUCCGUGAGAGCGGACUAGCUCCAAUCAGCGAAACACUAGCUACUAAGCCAACCGAGACUCCUUUAUCAUUGAUGCCAACAGCCUCUUCGACGGCACUGACGAGUGCCCUUGCUCAUUUUGACAAAUUCCUCUCGUCUCCCACUCUGCUCACUUCGUCCCAUUCGCCUAACCUUUCACUCAUUUCUUCACCUCGACUCUCGAGUUUGAUUCACCGUCAGACACUCGAAAGGCUUGGUGAAGCGUACCAUGCCAUUGUCCAAGCGGUUCGGGACCCGAGAAUAAGUAUGAAUUUUCCAGCACUGUGUUGGGUGCAAAGCGACCCUUUGGACAAAUGA